GAGAGAGAGAGAGAGAGAGAGAGAGAGAGAGAGAGAGAAAAGAAAAAUAAAAAUUAGAAAUUGAAGUGAGAAGACAAAAUAAAAAGUCUUGGGAAAUUCAGUCCCUAUUUUUAUCUUUCUCAUAUACGCGGAUUCGGCUGAAUUUUUUUAUUCUUGAUAUCUCUUGGGAGUUCCGACUUGUUCAUCCUUCUUCUUCUUAACCCUUUCAACAUUCAAACUCUCACCAAACAACAACUGUUUCAUAAUCCCUUCUUUUUUGUGCCCUUUGGCAACCUAGAAAAUUAUUUAUUUUCCCGGAAAAUCCCACAGAUCUGAAAGGUUCGCCAAGUUCUUUCAUUUUCCUGUGCGAAUUGCUCGUCUCCUCCAAUUACCAUCUGGGUCUCGAACGAAAUUUCACACCAGUGAGAGAUUCUAGCUGUUUGGCUUCGUGUUUUUGAAUUUUAAAAUCCCUAGUUCGCCGGUUUCUAUGGCUUCAGGGGCUAUAUUCUCGUCGCUGCGGCGGAGAAGGUCACCGUCGUUGGAAGCAUUUCUGGCCCCCGUUGACUUGACAGACGUUGCACUCGUCCAAACGCUCGCUCACGUGGCCACCGAGCUCGUCACGUGCUUCUCCGAUCGACCCUUCUUCUUCCAGCGCAAGAAUUCCAGGUCCCUGAUCCGAAAAGUGGAAGUCUUUCAGCUGCUCCUGGAGUACCUUAGCGAUUCUUCAGGCGCGUGUCUUCCACCUACCGCCGUGCUCUGCCUCAAGGAGCUGUACCUGCUUCUCUAUCGGUCCAAAAUUCUUCUUGAUUACUGUGCUCAAUCGUGUAAGUUGUGGCUUUUGCUUCAGAACCAUUCGAUUUCUGGCCAUUUCCAUGAUUUGAACCAGGAAAUUUCAACCCUUUUGGAUGUUUUCCCAAUUGGGGAUAUUGGGUUGAGUAAGGAUGUUAGGGAACAAGUUGAGCUCUUGCAGAAGCAAUCGAGGAAGGCUAGGUUGUUUAUAGACAAGAAUGAUGAUGCACUUAGGAUAAGAUUUUUCGCUUUUUUUGAUGAAUUUGAGAGUGGGAAGAUUCCUGAUUCUGCUGAAUUGAGGGAUUUCUAUGUUGAUAAGCUUAGGAUUUUGGAUGCUAGGAGUUGUAGAAGUGAAAUUGAGGGUUUGGAAGAGCAGAUUGUUAAUCAUGAAGGGGACAUUGAGCCUACAAUUUCUGUGCUCAAUGGUUUUGUGGCGAUGACUCGGUAUUGCAGGUUCUUGAUCUUUGGGUUUGAGGAGGAUGAACUUGCUUUGGAUAAUGGGGUUCAGAAAAAGAUCAAGAAGAGAUUGAUUACUCAGGAAAUCGCCGAAACAUUUAUGACUGUUCCAAAGGACUUUUGCUGCCCAAUAUCAUUGGAUUUGAUGCAAGACCCGGUGAUAAUUUCCACAGGGCAAACAUAUGAUAGGAGUUCCAUUUCCAGGUGGAUGGAUGAAGGCCACACGACUUGUCCGAAAACAGGGCAAAUGCUUGCCCACAAUCGCCUUGUUCCGAACCGUGCGCUGAGGAAUUUGAUAGUGCAGUGGUGCUCUGCACAUGGAAUUCCACUCGAACAGCCAGAAGUUAUGGAUCCAAUGGCUGAAACUUUUGCAUCAGCUUGUCCAUCCAGAACUUCCCUUGAAGCCAACAGAGCCACAGCGACACUUCUCAUCCAGCAGCUCGCUAAUGGGUCGCAAGCCGGGAAGACUGUUGCUGCUAGGGAGAUAAGAAUGCUAGCCAAAACUGGUAAAGACAACCGCGCUUUCAUUGCAGAAGCAGGGGCAAUUCCUCAUCUUCGAAAUUUACUAUCAUCUCCUAAUGCUGUUGCUCAGGAGAAUUGUGUAACUGCAUUGCUCAACCUAUCCAUUUUCGACAAGAACAAAAGCCGGAUCAUGGAUGAGGAAGGGUGUCUUGGAUCGAUUGUCAAUGUCUUGAGAUUCGGCCACACAACAGAAGCAAGGGAAAAUGCUGCUGCAACAUUGUUCAGCUUAUCUGCAGUUCAUGACUAUAAGAAGAGGAUUGCAGAUAAGACGGGAGCUGUGGAAGCUUUGGCAGGAUUGUUGCAAGAGGGGACUUCAAGAGGAAAGAAGGAUGCUGUAACGGCUUUGUUCAAUCUUUCCACUCACACGGAGAAUUGUGUUAGAAUGAUAGAGGCAGGCGCAGUAACGGCUCUAGUUGGAGCUUUGGGGAACGAAGGAGUCGCGGAGGAAGCAGCAGGUGCCUUGGCCUUGAUCGUCCGGCAGCCGGUUGGAGCCAAAGCAGUGGUGAAGGAAGAGGCAGCAGUUGCCGGAUUGAUUGGCAUGAUGCGUUGUGGAACACCAAGAGGUAAAGAGAAUGCAGUUGCAGCAUUGUUGGAGUUGUGCCGGAGUGGCGGUGCAGCUGCAACUGAAAGGGUGGUUAAGGCACCAUCUUUGGCCGGAUUACUUCAGACCUUGCUUUUUACCGGAACAAAGCGAGCGAGACGAAAGGCAGCUUCACUUGCAAGAGUGUUUCAGAGAUGUGAAGCUUUACAUUAUGGUGGAUUAGGUGUAGGGUAUGCAUUUGCCAGCAAUUCUGCAGCAACUAGGGAUACAAGCUUUGCUGGUGAUGUUUCAGUGCCAAUGUCCAUUUCUGUCCCAGUUUUAUAGUGGUCAUAAUCUCCAGUGUUGUUACAUUCCCAAUUUUUGUUGUAAAAGUCUUUACAGAUUCUUUCAUUGAAAUUUAUAAAUGAUAAGAAAUUAUAGCAAUACCAUAUGUAUUUAUGAGGUCCACUGAGUGUUGUUGUAAUGAGUUAUAUGAAGAAAGAAAAAAAUAUAGACCAUUUCUCUGCA